UGAGGACCUGGAACGGGAGUGCUCGGUGUGAUUACGGUGAUCGAUCUGCGAUUAAACGGGUUCUCUUACGCGUUGCUUCCAAGUCGCAACGAGUGAAGCAUGGAUAGUUUCCAAUCAGUUGCGUUUAAAUUUUGCGAGAGAUUCUCCUGGUGCAUUCUACGCGAAACGAUGACGAGGAAUCGGUGAGGCGUGACAAAGAAAGUGUGGCUUUGGAAUCGACGUGGAAGCUUCGGUCUUCAGCGCGAGGAGAUCGAUAGGAGUUUGAUUUAGAGUGAUCUACUGGUGAUCUACUGGUGUCUAGCUGCGAUUAACUAAUCGGUGUCUCGAUUCUGGGCUCGGCGAUGCGAAGAAAACGAUGAGCAGCGCCGAUCUUCCUUCGAAUACGAUAAUUGCGCAUGGAACCGUGACUUUCGGUCUUUGACAGAGGUUAUCGCGUCAAGAGGUCCAGGAUGGUCGGUGUCAUUAUCAAGGCUGCGCUGUUGGCGCACUUUCUCCAGCUGGUCGUCGAGGCGGCUGAUCGCACUACCUGUACUCCCAAUUACUUUCGUUACGUUAAGGACCAAGAAACGGAAAUAUUCAGCGGCCUCAUCGUGAUACCGUCACCACCGAAAGGGGUUACUCUGCACCUCAGCGUAGGCAUGAGCAUCGCCGCCGUGUUACCCUCGAAAUACGUCGGUCGAUUAAAAUUGGCGGAGUCGAGGGAACAGUCGAUGAGAGUGGUCCAGCAAGGCGGGCCCCUGAAAUACAACAUCCGAUUUCCUCUUCGUCAACCAUUACCGACCAUAACCGGUUUGUGGUUCAACAAUGAGUUACUUUGUACCGGUCAACACGCAAUCGGACAAAUCGUCACGUCCAUCGUAUUGAACCACACCUUGUAUCCACCGGGGAAGAUGCAAGUUUUGGACGAAUCGAACCUGAUUUCAUCGCACGCCGACGUAGACGAAAAGCUGUGGCAGCCUGCUAUGCCGGACCCCACUCGACCGCCAAUUUUCGAAACCCAACCCACUCGACCGCCAAUUUUCGAAACCGAACCCACUCGACCGCCAGUUUUCCAAACCAAACCCACUCGACCACCAGUUUUCCAAACCGAACCCACUCGACCGCCAGUUUUCCAGCCCGAAGUGACCAGAUCAUCGAUUCAAACUGUUGGAACUGAACGUACGGUGUUCACACCGAUUCCAACUCGACCUCAGACCACUCAACCAGUUUCUCCCGUGACUCCCAAGCCGAUUCCUAACAUCGAUCAGACCAAUGAAUUAUGCGGUCGUCCAAGUAACACGAACUCGAUUAACCAACUGAUAGCAGGAGGUUUGAAAACGUAUCCAGGUCAGUGGCCUUGGUUGGUGGCGAUCUUCGUCGUCAAGUACGAGUUUGAGUUCCAAUGUGCCGGGAAUCUGGUGACGAACACUCAUGUUAUCACGGCUGCCCACUGCUUUCAAUUGGGCAACCUGAUGAUCCCAGCGAGCGUGCUGUCGAUCGGUGUGGGACGAUAUCGUCUUCGAGGCUGGAAGGAAAAGGACUCGAAUCGACACGUGGCGGAAUAUAGGAUCCACCCCGAUUACAGGUUCCAGGUCGACGCCAAUUCGAAAGCCAGCGCCGACUCCGACCUUGCCGUGCUGAUUCUCAAAGACAGGGUGGAGUACAGCGCGAUGGUCAGACCAGUUUGUCUUUGGCCAAGCCUUACGGCACUGGACUUUGUUGUGGGAAGGUCGGGAACCGUUGUGGGCUGGGGACGCGACGAAUUCGGGAAUCCGUACGUUGACGAACCUCGUAUGUCCACUUCUCCGAUCGUAUCUCAGGAGGUCUGUCAGUGGAGCAACAGCGAGUUCGCGAAGAUAACCACGAACAGAACAUUCUGCGCGGGUCUGCGCAACGGAACCGGUCCUUGCAACGGUGACAGCGGAAGUGGCUUCGUCAUCUACGAUUCCUACACGGAACGCUACUAUCUCCGCGGUAUCGUUUCAUUAUCGCUGUUGGACAGAGGCAGAAUGUCCUGCGACCUGUCGCAAUUCGUAGUAUACGCGGACGUCGCGCAAUACAGAGACUGGAUACUGGAACAGCUCGCACGUAGUGUCGUUCCGCGAUUCUAAACAUGCUAGUCGAUCAGCUUCUCGAUAGAAAUUAUUCUCAUGACACUGGUAGCUCCGUUCAGGACAACGCCAAGUGGAAUUGCAUUGUCCUGAUUUUUUUCAUUUUAUCUUCGAUGUACUUCCGCUUCGACAUCCCAAGAUAUCGCGAAUCCACAUUUCGACCUGUCUUCGAACGUAGAAUUGUUUAUAGCAGUUUACAGAGCUCGUUUAUGGCAGUGCUGGGCAAAAUGUACUUUAUCGAUGAUUCAAGAAUCAUAAUCGAUAAUUUUUAAUCAUUAAUCCCGUUAAUAAACGAAGUAAUCAUGAUUAAUGUGUACUCAGUAUGUAUAAUCAUGAAUGUACACGUGCGAUUAAUGCUGAGGCAUUAGAAAUUAUUAGAUUAUGGUUGCAGAUUAUACAUUUAAGUGGUUAACGAUUAAUUCGACGAUCAUGAACAAUUAUCACAAAGUAAUCAGUGAUUAAUAAUCACUGUUCUAUAAUUCGACUGUGAAAGACCCUAAAUCUUGCUUUUACUCCUAUCUCUCUUUACAUUAAUAUUCGCGACAUGGAUGAUCGAAACUGUACAAAAGUAACAGGGUCACUUGAACAAAGGAUCGACCCUACAUCGAUUAUUUUACUCGUAAGGACAGCGUAUGUAUUUUAGCUCUUCCAUUUAUUCAUACCGUGUAAUAUUUAUUCUUGACAUAAUUCUAAUUGCAUACCGCGUAAAAUAAGUAUAGCACGUAAAUCUAUCUUAAACUGAACUGUUCCGUCACGCGCGAGGUAAUCCUUCUUUAUCAAUAAUCGUAUCGUACUCGUGUAUCGUUAAUUGAAAAUGUAUAUAUACUGUUAGAUAGAUGCUUCGUAGAAAAUCAUUUAUCGCUAAUUUUACGAACGACCAUGAUCUUAUUCUGCUCGAAUAAAACCUUGUAUUUUUCUUACGUUUCA